AUGAUCAAUUUUGACAAGUUUCAUAUGAAAGAGAAACAAAGCACUCCACAGCAGGGAGCAUCUCUGCCUCCAUCAAAGAUAUAUCAGUCGGUUGGAAAUCUUGCCCCUUUGCAGCGCCCGCCAAUCAGCUGGGCCAGACAGCAGGGCAUCCUGUCGACGAAACCUCAAUUGCCCUUACCCACGCGACAGAUGACUGUUGGGCCUAUGCAGGCCAGAGGCAGGCCAGAGCAAAGGAAAAUGGAUUCCAGUUUUUAUGGUGACAACCUACCCUCUAGUCAGACCCUUGGUGAGCACUCUCUCAUGGGAGGAGAGCUUGGCUCAUUUGAUGCCUCUAUUUUUGCAUCCAGUCCUAAUUCCUUAUACAUGUAUGAACAAGAGAAAGCCGAUAUGCAGAGCUCUCUCAAUGUGCCCAAUUGCACCAAUCCUAACAAUAUGUUUUUCUCGGAUGAUUUUGAUUUGGAGGACACAUAUGAAACAUCACAAGAUAUUCCUCUUGUUUGUGAUAACUUGUUGGUGGAACCUGCUACCUCACAAAGUAUGGUGGACGAGGGACAAAAGAAAAGUCUUCAAGCACAGCUUAGUAAAUGUGAUGAUGUGUUCGAGGAUCCAACAUUGGCAGAAUUAAACUUUCCUCCAUUGUUGGAUGACAUUGUGAAUCUCACAUCCAAUUGUACCUCAGCUGAGGCUCAAGGUCAAAGUUCAACAUCAGCAAUGCAAAAACCCUUUACACAAGAUUCUUUGAAACCCUGGGUUAUGUUAAAGGGAAAGUCAGAAAAGAUAGAAUCACAAUCCACAGCUUCACGUCCAUUGUCGUCUGCUUGGUCACUAACAGGAAUAUCAACUUCAUCAACAGUUACAUGGCCAAUAGGAGGAUUGUCAUCACCAUCCACAACAGAUACAUACAUAAACAGACGAACCCUCUCCACUUCUAGCAUGACUAAUAAGCCCAGUGUGCCAAUACGGCAGAUUUCUGAAACUGUAUCCAGUUCAAGAGAUAUCAAAAGUGAGCUGCCUCCCCUGUCAAAUAUUUGUAACAUUGGGAGUGUUGGUGGGGACAAAUGUAAUAAUCAAGUGCUAAAAGCAUUGAUUGAAAACAAGUCUCCUCCUCGGAUCACAACAGCCACUCCUUCCACAUCUACGCUUGGUAAGCGGCGGAGCCCUCUGUCAGUUUCAACCUAUGACCCAAGUGAUGUAGACCAAAAAUGGGAGGAGAUACGACAGUUCAUACAUGACGAUGAGGCCAACCUUCCUACACGGUCAAAAAUAAAGAGGGAGAGUAUUGACUCGGUUGGAUCAUUGGCAUCUGUAGAUGAAGGAGAAAGUGAUGAAGGAAGCAGCAGUGAUGAUGAGGAGUGGAAUGAUUCAGAUUCAGAUUCUGAUAACAACCAGGAUUCAUCUUGGUCAGCUAAGAAGAAAAAGGACUCUUCAAGUAAGAAAGACCAAUAUUUCUGGCAGUACAAUAUCCAGUCUAAAGGGCCAAAAGGUACACGCAUGAACUUUGACCUUGAGCCUAAAAAUCCACAUGUGUUACUGGACUUUGAGGAUCCUGUGUUUGAUAUUGAAAAAGGCAGAAAGCUUGGACUUUGUAAAUCAAUAAGACAUGGAGGAAAAGCUCGCAAAGGUGACGGGAACAAUGUGGAACCAAACCCCAAAAAACUAGGAUCGAUCGGACUACAGUUGGAAAAAAUCAACAAACAGAUCAAUGCAUUUGCUCCUCUCUGUGAUAUGCCUGUUUCAACACGGAACAAGUCAAAGAAGGAGAAAAAUAAACUGGCAUCACGAGCAUGUCGUCUGAAGAAGAAAGCUCAACAUGAAGCAUAUAAAGUGAAGUUGUAUGGAUUGGAGUUAGAACACAAACAGCUGAUGACAGUGAUGGAGGAGAUCAAAUCACAUGUACGUGAUGUCCUGGACAAGAAAGGAAAGGAAGGGAACCUGUCAUCACAUCUAGAAAGUCUCAUCCAAAAACACCUCACUGUAAUGGUUGCUGGACACACAACAGAUUUUGUUAACAAAGUAAUUAAGAAGGUUAGAGAUGGUGAUCCCACAGGUGGCCUUGGAACAUGAAUAGAAUUCAGUGUCAUGUGA